AUGCCUGACGGUGGAUGGAAGCCAGUGGAUAUCAAGCAAUUUCUGCUAUCAGGCAUCAAACCAGUCUUAAUCCCAACUGUUGCAGGUGCCACCUCUCCAACUCAGACCAAAGCUGUUUGGGUGAGGCAACUGCAAAAGGACCAAGAGAAGUUCAAGGAGAUUGGCAACGCUUUCCAAGUCAAGGGAGAAUUGCUGAACGUUGAUGACCUCAAAGAAGCAAUCGAAAAGAAGGAGAAACUGUCCAUUGCCGCGUCCAAGAUUGACAUCUACAGCUCGAAGGAUGGAAAGUGGAUUAAGGAAGAAAAGAUGUCGGCAAGCCUUCGCGACACGGAUGAGUCAGACUGCUACGGUUUCACCAUACCAUCAACGUGA